AUGAGCCAGACGAUCGUCGUCUUCUUCAUUGCUUCAUUACUGGUUCUACAAUUGGUCGCGGCACAAGAGCUCAGCGAUGAAGAUAAUGAAUGGAUUGCCGACCGAUUCCAAAGAAUAGCGCGAGCGCCGAAACCGAAAUUCAUCCGAUUUGGAAGAGCUGGAGCAAAAUUUAUUCGAUUUGGACGAGCCGGUGCUAACUCCUGGGAGAGCAACUACGUCCCAACUGGUAAUGAAUACUACGCAAAACGUGGCGCCAAGUUCAUUCGAUUCGGCUAA